UCGCGAGAGUUUUGGUUCCUAUGCUCGCUGUUGGGGUCGGAGGUCAGGGCGAGGGUCUAGCGGGCCGCAGGAGGAAGAUGGCGGUGGAGUCGCGCGUUACUCAGGAGGAGAUUAAGAAGGAGCCCGAGAAGCCCAUCGAUCGGGAGAAGACCUGCCCGCUGUUGCUGCGCGUCUUCACCACCAACAACGGCCGCCACCACCGCAUGGACGAGUUCUCCCGCGGAAACGUGCCGUCCAGCGAGCUGCAGAUCUACACCUGGAUGGAUGCAACCUUGAAAGAACUGACUAGUUUAGUAAAAGAAGUCUACCCAGAAGCCAGAAAGAAGGGCACACACUUCAAUUUUGCAAUUGUUUUUACAGAUCUUAAAAGGCCUGGCUAUCGAGUAAAGGAGAUCGGCAGCACCAUGUCUGGGAGAAAGGGGACUGACGACUCCAUGACGCUGCAGUCGCAGAAGUUCCAAAUCGGAGACUAUCUGGACAUAGCAAUCACUCCUCCAAAUCGGGCACCACCUCCUUCAGGGCGCAUGAGGCCAUACUGAAUUUUAUUUACUAUUUCUUGAAUUUAUUUUCCAUUCAGUUAUGUAAAAUAAACUUUUGCUUUUUCCUCCUCCCCUUAUUGCCAUUAAGCCUUUAAACGCUAAACAAAUUGUAAUGCAUCUAUUUAGGAGUUAGAUUUGGCUUUGCUGUGGUAUGAAUAUUAAUAGAAGGUCCAUGUUUCACAUUCUUCUGUAAAAUAUGAAAAGUGCUCUUAGCAUUAUAUGUAAAACUGUAUUGUUAAAUAUAUGUUGCAGUCACUUUGAGUGUGAAAGUUAACGGGGCAUGGGUUCAGGGUUUAAUUUAGUAUUGGGGGUUUAUGCUAAGUAGUGGAGUUGGUAUGUUUAAGCCCAAAUGGGGCAGAACAAGAAAGCCAUGAGAUUAUAUUAAAUAGAGCAGGAGUUUGUCGCCCAGAAGGUUGUAUGGAGUUGGGAAGAAGACCUUUGGGAAGGUGGGAGGGGCAGCUGAGGCGUUUUGGAACAGUCUGAGCUGAGGCAAGCUGAAGAAGCUGUCUGUUUGAAGGGAGCGGCCUGCCUGAAUCAAGGUGUGAUGACAAGUUAGAGAAAAGGAGGAUGGGUGCCACAGUGAGGCCUUUUUAUGUUUUAAAAAUGGUAAGAAUGGGGCAUUCUGAGGGCAGGAAGUAGUAUAGAGGAACAAGGGUUAGAACUUAGGAUAAGGAUGGGAAGGUUUACCUUGAAGAUCUGAAAAUACAGGGAGGAAUGAAAGAAGAAUCUUAAGAUCAAGGGAGGUCAGGGAUGAGGUCAAGCAGGGGAUGUUCACGCGCGCUGUUCAGUGCUGGGGCUGACUCGUGUCUGAUUUGAGAGGCGAUAUGCACAGUGGUUAAAACCAGUUGGGCUGAACAUUUAAAUCCUGGUCACACUAACAGCAACCUUGGACAAGUUACUUGAACCUGUUUUUUUUGUUUGUUUAAAAUUUGUAAAAUGGAGGUAACAGCCCAUAGGAUUGUGAAGACUAAUUAAAUGUUUGCAAAGGGCUUAGAAUAGUGCCUGACAUGUAAGAAACAAAGUUAGCUAUAAAGUAGAGUUCAGUCAGAACGGGUGCCAUCUCUACCACGGCACUGUUACAGUCUCAUUUUGAAGUUUAUAAACAGUGUGCAGUAUGUGAUGAGGCCAAUUACCUUUCGUCUACUGCAGUAGAAAAUUUUGAAAAUGUGUAUUCCAAAAUUUGAAAAAAUGUAUUAGCAAAGUAAAAUUGCAGUAAUUUGAUCUUGUACAUACAAAAGCAGCCUUUUAAAUCUAAUGAUUAUAGGAUUGGGGUCCCUGGUGCAGUCAACAGGUGACAGAUGCAAGCCUGGAACCCAGAUCUAGGGCCUCUUCUCCGCUGAAGUUUGCCCAAACCCUUAGAUUCUUUAUUCAUUCACAUUAGAUAGGCUUGAGCUUCUUAAGUCACACAAUUAACUUAAACCUAAUUUUUGGAGAAGAGAAGCCAUGAUUACCUUCCUGUUUAUGGAGAAGAUACGUACUAUGCAGAUCAAGAAGGCAGGAACUCAUUAAAGGACUCUGAAAGCCAACUUUUCACAACGGUGUGAACUCCUACAAUGGGGGCUUCGCCUGUAAUUCCAGGCGAGUUGAAAAUAAAGCGGUUUAUUUGCUUGGUU